GUGUUAUAUAACAUGUCAGUGGAUUGAAACAGAAACCAGAUUAUGAAACAUUUGUUAUUGAACUUCAGUCUGUGUGAAACUCUCGAAGAAAAGACAUUACUUUCUAUUCUAUUCAUUUCGUUGUAUAUUGUUACUCUCUUUUUAAAUAAUGGAGUGGAACAAAGAAAUGACAUUUCGAUUAAUCGAAUUAUACCGUGAAAAACGUAUAUUAUGGGAUCCUAUGCAUGCGGAAUAUAAAAACAGAAGUAAGAAACACAGUGCGUGGAUUGAAUUAAGUAAAGAAAUGAAAAUACAGACAAAUGAAGCGGAAAAAAAGGUACGAAUACUUGUUGGACAAUUUCAACGAGAAAUAAAAAAGGGAAAAUAUGAAGGUGAAAUGGACCCUUCUUAUAAAUCAAAAUGGAUUUUUUUCAAACCUUUUCUAUUUCUGAAGGAUAAGACUCAUGUAACAGAAAAAAUAUGUAAUUCAAUAGAAGAAAAUAAUUCAUUAAAAGAAUCUUCUAAACAAAUAUCCAUUGAAUCACAGGAAUCUAAUUCUAAUAUUAGUCUUUUGAUAGAGAAUGAUAACUAUUCAAAUUUAGAAAUGAAAAGACAGACAAAAUCAAACUCAAGUGGUAUCAAAAGGAAAGCAGAUACUAUAAGUGAAGAAUCACACAUAUAUUCAACUGAAUUGCCAAAUGAAAUAAGAACACGAGAUGAAUUUGACGUUUUCGGGGAAAUUGUUGCGCACAGUCUGAGAAAAUUGAAAAACAGGACAAUUCAAAGCCAUGUAAAAUUCGAUGUAUAUAAUAUUCUUUAUCGUGCUGAAAUAGAAAAUCAACAAUAAUAUUGCACACUAUCAUCGUUUUCUAAAGAUUAGAUAAAAAAU